UAGGACCACCGAGGUCGUCCCGGAAGUGCGCAUUGCCAAUAUCCCGGAAGUAAGCAGAGCUGUUUUUGUUGCCAAAGCAAAGGGACUCUGUGUUGUGAAAAUGGCGGCGUCUCGUCGCUCUUCUCAGCAACAACAGCAGAGUCUAUUGUCCCCUCCGAGGAACACGGCUAUUUCACCUAGUCCCCCGGGUACUCCUCCAGCUCCAGCUGGAGCAGCAGCGACGUCGGCUCCGGUCGGAGCCGAACAAGAAAACAGUGAUGAUACGGAGAUCAUUCCGGCCUCCCCUGAUCUCCCAGCUCUGGCCCUAAGUAACAGCAGCAGCUCCACUACAACAACUACCGGCGGGGGCAGCAGCGGCGGCUCCAGCCCUGACUCUGGCACUGUCAGUCCCGGUGGUAUUGGAGGGGGUUGCGGGACGAGCGGGGCUUUCAGGGAGCUAUUUGAGGCCUGUCGUAAUGGGGAUGUGUCCCGGGUCAAGAGGCUUGUGGACACCGGGAAUGUGAAUGCUAAGGACAUGGCUGGCAGGAAAUCCACCCCGCUUCACUUUGCUGCAGGAUUUGGCAGGAAGGAUGUGGUUGAGCACCUCUUGCAGAAUGGUGCCAAUGUCCACGCAAGAGAUGAUGGCGGGCUGAUCCCGCUUCACAACGCCUGCUCUUUUGGCCACGCCGAAGUGGUGAGCCUGCUGCUGUGCCAAGGGGCAGACCCUAACGCCAGAGAUAACUGGAACUAUACACCUCUCCACGAGGCAGCGAUCAAAGGCAAGAUUGACGUUUGUAUCGUCCUGCUGCAGCAUGGAGCAGAUCCGAACAUUCGCAACACUGACGGCAAGUCUGCCUUGGACCUGGCUGAUCCCUCUGCUAAAGCUGUCCUCACCGGUGAAUACAAGAAGGACGAACUCCUGGAAGCAGCGAGGAGCGGUAACGAAGAGAAGCUCAUGGCCUUGCUGACUCCAUUAAACGUGAAUUGCCAUGCGAGCGAUGGAAGAAAGUCAACAUCCCAAAAAAUGCUGUCCACCCCUCUGCAUCUGGCAGCAGGAUAUAACAGAGUGAGAAUCGUUCAGCUCCUUCUGCAGCAUGGAGCUGAUGUGCAUGCAAAAGACAAGGGUAUUGAUGAGUGCAUUCUAAUUUCUUCCAGUGGUCUUGUCCCACUUCACAAUGCAUGUUCAUAUGGACAUUAUGAAGUCACAGAAUUACUUCUCAAGCACGGAGCCUGUGUCAAUGCUAUGGACCUUUGGCAGUUCACUCCUUUGCAUGAAGCUGCUUCCAAGAACCGCGUUGAAGUAUGCUCUCUGCUUUUGAGUCACGGAGCAGACCCUACACUGGUCAACUGCCAUGGAAAGAGUGCUAUCGACAUGGCACCAACUCCGGAACUGAAGGAGAGGCUUACUUAUGAAUUCAAAGGUCAUUCUUUACUCCAAGCAGCACGGGAGGCUGAUUUGGCUAAAGUGAAAAAGUCUCUUGCUUUGGAGAUUAUCAACUUUAAACACCCACAGACCCAUGAAACUGCACUACAUUGUGCCAUGGCAUCACCACAUCCUAAACGGAAACAGGUCACGGAGCUGCUACUGAGGAAAGGUGCCAACGUUAACGAGAAGAACAAAGACUUCAUGACUCCGUUACAUGUUGCUGCUGAGAGAUCCCACAACGAUGUUAUGGAAGUACUGCAGAAACAUGGAGCAAAGGUGAAUGCCUUGGAUACCCUGGGGCAGACAGCCCUGCACAGGGCAGCCCUUGCGGGUCAUCUCCAGACCUGCCGCCUCCUCCUGAGCUAUGGAGCUGACCCGGCCAUUAUCUCGCUGCAGGGCUUCACUGCAGCACAGAUGGGCAAUGAAGCUGUGCAACAGAUUCUUAAUGUCGGUUCAGCAAAACCUUUUUGUUCUGGUCUCCCAGAAAACAUUCCAGUGCGUAACUCUGAUGUUGACUAUCGGCUGCUGGAAGCUGCCAAAGCUGGAGACUUGGACACUGUAAAGCAACUGUGUUCCCCGCAGAAUGUGAAUUGCCGGGACCUGGAAGGCCGCCACUCAACCCCGCUGCACUUUGCUGCAGGUUACAAUCGAGUGUCUGUGGUGGAGUACCUGCUUCACCACGGGGCGGACGUCCAUGCCAAAGACAAGGGAGGUUUGGUUCCUUUGCAUAACGCCUGCUCAUACGGACACUACGAAGUAGCAGAGCUGCUGGUGAGACAUGGGGCUUCAGUCAAUGUGGCAGACCUUUGGAAAUUCACCCCUUUGCAUGAAGCAGCAGCCAAAGGAAAGUACGAGAUCUGCAAGCUGCUCCUUAAGCACGGAGCAGACCCCACGAAAAAGAACAGAGAUGGGAACACUCCCUUAGACAUGGUGAAAGAGGGGGACACAGACAUCCAGGACUUACUGAGAGGAGAUGCCGCUCUGCUUGAUGCUGCCAAAAAAGGAUGCCUGGCAAGGGUUCAGAAACUCUGCAGUCCAGAGAACAUCAACUGCAGAGACACCCAGGGCCGGAACUCCACUCCGUUGCACUUAGCAGCUGGGUAUAAUAAUCUUGAAGUGGCAGAAUACCUUCUUGAACAUGGUGCAGAUGUCAAUGCCCAGGACAAAGGAGGUCUCAUUCCACUGCACAAUGCAGCCUCAUAUGGGCAUGUGGAUAUUGCUGCCCUUUUAAUAAAAUACAACACCUGCGUAAACGCUACUGACAAAUGGGCCUUCACCCCGCUCCAUGAGGCAGCACAGAAAGGUCGAACCCAGCUCUGUGCCCUGCUCUUAGCCCACGGGGCAGACGCCACCAUGAAGAACCAAGAAGGACAAACGCCUUUGGACCUGGCAACGGCGGAUGAUAUCAGAGCUCUGCUGAUAGACGCGAUGCCACCUGAAGCCCUCCCAACCUGUUUCAAACCCCAAGCAACUGUGGUCAGUGCCUCUGUCAUUUCACCUGCCUCAACACCAUCCUGCCUUUCAGCUGCCAGCAGCAUCGACAACCUGACGGGACCUCUGGCUGAGCUGGCAGUCAGCGGGGCCUCAAGUGCCGCUGAUGGGGCGACUGGUACAGAGAGGAAAGAAGGAGAAAUGGCAGUACUUGAUAUGAAUAUAAGUCAGUUCCUGAAAAGCCUGGGCCUGGAGCACCUUCGUGAUAUUUUUGAGAGAGAACAGAUUACAUUGGACGUGUUGGCAGACAUGGGCCAUGAGGAGCUGAAGGAAAUUGGCAUCAACGCCUAUGGGCAUCGCCACAAACUAAUUAAAGGAAUAGAGCGUCUUCUAGGAGGACAGCAAGGAACAAACCCGUACCUGACUUUCCACUGCGCUGGCCAAGGGACCGUUCUUAUUGACCUGGCACCUGAUGACAAAGAGUUUCAAUCUGUGGAAGAAGAGAUGCAGAGCACUAUCCGGGAACACCGGGAUGGUGGAAAUGCAGGCGGUGUCUUCAGCAAGUAUAACAUCCUAAAGAUUCAGAAGGUGGUGAACAAGAAAUUAAGGGAGAGGUAUUCACACCGGCAGAAGGAAAUAGCAGAUGAGAAUCACAAUCACCAUAAUGAACGCAUGCUCUUCCAUGGUUCUCCAUUUAUAAAUGCGAUCAUUCACAAAGGAUUUGAUGAAAGGCAUGCCUACAUUGGAGGGAUGUUUGGGGCAGGAAUAUAUUUUGCUGAAAAUUCCUCAAAAAGCAAUCAGUAUGUGUAUGGGAUCGGGGGUGGGACUGGGUGCCCGACACACAAGGACAGGUCCUGCUACAUCUGCCACAGACAAAUGGUGUUUUGUAGAGUAACAUUGGGAAAAUCCUUCCUACAAUUCAGUGCAAUGAAGAUGGCUCACGCACCACCUGGUCACCACUCUGUCAUUGGAAGACCAAGUGUAAAUGGGCUUGCAUAUGCAGAAUAUGUUAUCUACAGAGGUGAACAGGCCUAUCCAGAAUACCUCAUCGCGUAUCAGAUUCUGAAGCCAGAGAGUACCCCCCAGACAACAGAAGGUGCAGAACAAAAGUCCUAGUUUUAGGAGGAAAUGAAAAGCAGCAAACCUUUGGAACCACCAUGCGCCUGUAUUCCAGUACUGCAUAACUUGUGACUGUUACUGAGCUUCAUAAACAUUCUGGGAGCCUGCAGAUUAGCUAGUAAUUAUCUUUUGUAAAAGCAUUAACGAAAGCUACUAUUUUGGUUGUAAACUGCCACAGUUUCCUUAGAGAAAAUGUUUACAAGGGUUGCCUUUAUACAAAUAAACUCUGGCUCAUUUUCAUCCAGGUUCUCUCCUCACUGGCAGUUAACCAACAGAAUUUUGACACCAACUGGGUUUUCCGGUGAAAUUUAAUUCUAUAUAUAUAUAUAUAUAUAUAUAUAUAUAUAUAUAUAUAUAUAUAUAUAUAUAUAUAUACACACAUUUUCUCUUUUUUUAUUUUAAAGGAAAAAAAACAACAACCUGGAGCCUGAAUCUGCUUUAUUCCUCAGUGAAAUGAGUUUGGGGCUUCAGUCUGUGGUUUUAAAUUCAAAACCGCUUCAUCUUUUACCCAAGUCUGCAAAUAAGGCUAUGGACCAAAACAGUGACUCCAUUACACUCUGCUCUCACUAGAAUUGCUUUCUCCAGGGCAGCACUGAGGUAUUUUGGAAAAGCAUUCUGUGGCCAAUUUCUCUUCUUCUUGUCAAGUGGAUGCAAGGCCUCACUGUCUCCACUCACUGCGGCUUUUUAUGAUUAUAUCAUCAAGAAUUGUUAUUUUAAACUUUUUUUGUUUGUUUUUGUACCGACAUCCCAUAAAUUACCACAUUUACUUUAAUUUAUUAUCAUGGUUUUUUUAAUGUUUUUUUUUGUUUCUAUAAUAAUUAUGCUGUACACAGAUGGACCAUUUACACAAUUUGCCCAGUAAGGGACCCUAAUGUAUGAUUUUAUAUUUAACAAUAAAUUCAGAACCUACACUUUAGGUGAUUUAUGAUUUACAUUGAACAAGCAAGUCAUUUUUUUCCUUUUUAUUUUUGUCCUUUUUUAAUGCUACUUUUACUUGGAAAGCAGAGUAAGGUAUUGGUUGAGAACUUGAAAUCAAGUGAGAUUAGUUAAAUGGAAAACUCUGAAAAUGAGCCAGGGUAUUCUUGAGGACAUUUUGCGCAUGGACAGAUGCCUAAAACAAAGAUCUGAAAUACCUUUUUCUCAACCAUGGAGCUCAGUGUCUAAGUUUUAAAGGAUUUGCACUUUUAAAGAGGAAAUAUUUAAGUUAUUGUAAGAAUUGCAAAUAAUUUCAUGUUACUAAGAAAACAAAUAUAAUUCAUGUACAGGUUGUUUAAAUGACGAUACCCUGUAAAGCUUUUGAUGUUUACUGAUGCGAUUUGGGUUUUAUUAGUAUUGUAACUGAAAUCAGUUUUGAUUUGCACCUUCCCUUGGAACACUUCUCAUAUGGGCCAGUAGGUGGAGCUGUUGCCUUUUGAAUUCUGUUGUCGUUUUGAAUAAAACGAUGAAUGCAAAUAAAUAGCACAUGGAGAUAAUGGUCUCUAUAGUGGCAAAGAAGAUUGGACGUGCAUGUCAGACCUGAUUUGUUUAUCAGAUGUAAAGGAUUCAAUGACACAAGUUAUUCCUGUUUCAUUAUUCCUCAACCAGUGCAAUUUCAGUUUUUCUGACCUGCUAAUUGUGAUAUGUUUAGUUAGUACUGCAGAGAAAACUUGCAGACCCCCCAAGGCAGCAAAGCUAAAUAAAAACUAAAAGCUUUGGUUUUAUCCUACCUCCCCCCUCCCCAUGUUGUAUACACAGUACACAGUUUAUAGCAUUUCUUGACUCUAAGCUUCUCCUGGUUUUCGUUGGACCCUGUCACUGGACAUUUGAAUGGGAUCUCACUCUUUUGUUUCAUUAACCUGGUUGUAAUUCCAAUGUUAUAUGUAACCUGAAAUAGUCAUACAUUGACCAGUAACACUCAAAUAGGGAUCUGAAGACGACUUUAACACUCCUCAACCUUGUAACCGGUAUUGAAACAAGUCUUAAUAAAACACAUAGCAAAACUGG